AUGGGGAUGAAGAAUCUCUCGUUGUUCAUGGGGUUGCUCAUGCUUGCGUUGUUUCCAGUGCUGUCACGACAAGAUGGUUUUGAUCAAUGGGUGACAUUGCAAGAGAGUAAGACUAGCGUAGCCACAUCGACACUUGACGCCAAGCUCUCUAAAGCAGAAGCCUCAAGGAUUGGUAAUGGCGUUGAUCCAUACACUAUCUUUGGCGGUGAAGAUGGCAUGUACAAGAGCAUCAGUGAGUGCAUUUCCAACGUCCCCAAUGACAACACUAGACGACAUAUGUUUAACCUAAAGCCCGGAACAGUGUUCCGUGAGAAGGUGUUCAUUGGGAAAGGUAAGCCUUUCAUCACGCUAAAGUCCGAUCCCUCCAACCCUGCUGUUAUCGUCUGGAAUGAUACUGCCAUGACCAAGGGCAAGGAUGGCAAGGUCCUCACCUCCCGUGGUAGUAGCACUGUUACCAUAGAGUCUGACUAUUUCAUUGCCUAUGGUAUUAUCAUCAAGAAUGAUGCACUUCCUGCCAAGGCGGGCGACAAACAAGUGCAAGCCACUGCAUUGCAUGUGACGGGCACAAAGGCAAUUUUCUAUAACUGCACGAUCGAGGGCGGCCAGGGAGCCUUGUAUGACCAUCAGGGGCUUCACUACUUCAAGGCCUCUACAAUCAAGGGAAGUGUCGACUUCAUCUUUGGGUCCGCACGAUCUUUGUAUGAGGACUGUAGUAUCAUCUCUACUAACAAGGAUAUCACCAACAUGGAAGUGGCACAAGAGGGGUGGGCUAGUGAGAGCCGUAUCAACAGUGAGAGUGGUUUCUCCUUCAAGAAUUGUACCAUUAAGGGUGAGGGGAAACCAGUAUUCUUAGGAAGGGCAUCGGGGAAUUUCUCGCAGGUUGUGUACUCCUCCACUGAGAUGGACAGCGAAAUUGUUCCCAUCAUAUGGGAAAAGGGGAAUAUGAAAAUUCCUAAGAGUGGGAUCUACUAUGGUGAGUUCAAAUGCUAUGGGCCUGGGUUAGAUGCAUCGAAGAAGGCUGGAUGGGCCCUAUCCCUAACUGAGGCUCAGGCCAAGCCCUUUACCUGCAAAAGCUUCAUCUCAGGUGGCUCAUGGAUUACCCCCCUUCCCCCGGCUGAUCCAUAG